CCUGAAUCGGGAAUAGAGAGAGAGAGAGGACAUACCUGUCGGUGUUGCUGCGCUGAGAAGAGGGCGGGGGGGCCUGGUUCCUUAGAUGCGGCGGAACAUAGGUGGUUCGCUGGCCCGAGGGACGACUGUUGCUGCGGGCGUCGUUGCUGACGUUCAUAUUAGCUAUUGAGAUGGAUGAGGGAUGCAGAGACGGGAACGACGCGGUCAAUGCUGCGGGUUCUUGAGAUGGAUGGUAGCGGAAACCGAGAGACUUGAAGCGGUUCGUGAGCAGGGGCCAAGAAAACGAAGGUCAUCUGCUCAUCACUGCAUCUGCACCACUCUGCUGGGUCUUUGCUCCAAGGCGUGUUCGUGUUCGUAUAUGGCACGUACCAAACUGCUUGUUCAUAUCAUGAUGGCUCAUUAUCGAGGACGAUUAGAUGUGUGUGGUAGUGGUAAUAGUGGCAAUAGUGGGAGUCAAACGAUGGGAUGGUGGGAGUGGAGUGGAGUGGAGUGGAGUGAUGAGCAGCAGACAGACAGCAGCAGAGUCAACAACAGAAGCAGCAGCAGCAGCAGGGACAAAAAAGAGAGGGAAAGAAGGACCAAGGCCAUGACGAUGAUGUCACUUCUCUCUCUCAGAGAGUACACCCCAUCCUCUCUCUGCUUCGGGUGUUGUAACCUGUAUGUAUGUUGUACCGCCUCAGAGCACACGCGCUAUGCUAGUUAGUCUCUUUACUCCUCAGGCAGACCAGAAAAGGGAGAAAGAAGCACAUCUUCCUUCUUUCCUCCGCUGUUCCUGCUGCUGCAGCAGUUCCUGUUGCUGUUGCUGUUCCUGUUGCUGUUGCUGUUGUUGUUCCUGUUCCUGUUCCUGUUCCUGUUCUUUCUCUUUCUCUUUCUCUUUCUUUCCUUCUCUCUCUUUUCCUCUCUUUCUUUUUCUCUCUCCUCUCCCUUUGUUUGACCCCAUCCCUUCCGUCCUUCCAUUCCCCCCCUCCCUCCCUCACAAUCUUCCUCUUCCUUCUACCGACAAUCAAAUCACUUUUCUCAUCCCUGCCC